CUUUCCGGGCUUUCCCCGCUUUCCCUUCAUUGCCACUAUAAUCUAUAAUCUGCUAUAAUUGCCACUGUUGUGGCGGUUGUGGCGUAGUUGGCGUAGUGGCGUAGUUCUCUGGUGCCCCUUGGGUACGCUGUACCCCGGUAACUUAACGCGCCCAGUAACUCUGUGCAUUCAACUCUUGCGAGGUUGCUUCAUGCGUCUGCCCUUCGCGUGGAGUAUGAAAUGAGCACCUUUGGAGGAACGCUGGUGGAGUACGAACGAGUGUCCGUGGAUCGUUUCGACGGACGCAACGUGCAUUCGACAGCAUUCCUGCUCUCGCACUGCCACCGCGACCACAUGCGGGGUCUCGACGGCUGCGCAUUUCGACGACGACUGCGGAGCAGACGCGACGUGAGGCUGUACGCAUCCGCGGUAUCGUGUCGACUGCUGCUCAAUGAGCCCAAGUAUGCCUGGCUUCGCAGCCGCCUCGCUGCGUUGCCGCUCGAUGCGCCCACCACGAUGACCGUGCCGGCCGACGGAGCCGGUAGCGAGUACGCUGUGGUCGUCACUCCGAUUCCCGCAAAUCACUGCGCCGGGUCGGUGAUGUUCCUUCUGGAAGGCGAACGCGGCGGGACCGUCCUCUACACGGGCGACUUCAGGCUGGACGUUGGCCGCGCGUCGACGCUGACGUCCCUCCACUGCGACACCGGCCGCGUGAAGCCCAUCAACGCGGCCUACGUGGACACGACGCUGUGUCGACCCGACGCGGCCUACGUCCCCACGCGGCAGGAGAGCGAGCGGGCUUUGGUGGACUUCUUCGCGCCCAAGUUCGUGGUAGGCGGCUCGCUACGACUGAGGCUUCCCGGUGCGAAGCUCGGCUACGAGACGUUGUUCGCGUCGCUCGCACUGGCCUUCGGCGUCAAGGUUCACGUAACGAGUGGUCAGAUGGCACGCUACGCUGGUGUUGCGGACGUGGUGAAAUGCCUGACGCUGGAUGCGGAGACGACCCGCAUCCACGCCGACUGCGAAUGCGACCUGGGGCCCUCCUGCGUGACGGUCAAGCCGUCGGCCAUGUGGUUCGCUCACCGGGUGGCACCCAGUCGGCUGGUGGAGAGGGUGGCCGACGGGGUGUAUCGACUGUGCUACUCGACGCACGCGUCGCUCGCCGAGGUGCGCGACUUGGUGCGCUACUUGCAGCCGCGGGCGGUGCGCGCCAACGUCCAGCUGCGCGGUGUGGACGUCGGGGACCUUCUAGGCGUCGCCGACACACGAGAGCCCACCUGGCACUUCUGGGGCUCGGACGAUGAAAGUGCGUGAAACAUUCGCCCCGUUGGGCCUGUGCGGCGUCGGUGGCCCGUGUGCCUUCUACUAGUCCCACAGUAGUUAUAUGGAAAAGAAGGCUGUCUCGGUGCACUACAUUUUUAUUGCGGAACCAAGCUCGCAUGGCUCCGAUAAAGCCCAUCACGACGUGAUUUCUGGUGGCCAGCUGAAUGCACUGAUAUUUCAGUUAUGAUUAAUAAACGGCAAAUUCUGGGCCCGAA